AUGAAGCUCACCACCUCUUUUUCUCUCCUCGCCGUCGCGCUCACGGGUGCUCAAAGCAUCCUCGCCUUUCCGGAGUACGCCUCCCGCUCCCCCAAAGAUUUCACAGUCGGACAAAUCAUUCGAGAACGCGUGGAGCGGCGAGCGGCCGAGGGGACUCAGUUCCCAAAGCGUCUGCUUGGUCUCGACGGUCUCCUCGAACCUCUGACCGGUGUGCUAUCUGCACUUGGCUUGCCUGCUGCUCAGAAGCAGGGCGCAGUGCUCGUCCCCGACGCCGCUCACCCUUACAAGGCCCCCGGCCCCACCGACAUUCGCGGCUUAUGCCCCACUUUGAAGUGAGAAAAUUGCGCAUGCUCUUUGAUCCACGCAGCUGUCGUACUGACCGAUCACGCUAUACGCCUUUAGCACGAUGGCGAACCACGGUUACAUUGCUAGGUGAGUGCUCCGACGUCGAAUCCGCACUCACUCACGUGCUCACCCAAGCACCUCUCUUGUUCCCGUCUUGCGUCACCAGAAAUGGAAGUGAGUUGGCCAAGAGACCAUGUGCCGGUCUGACGCCCUCCUCGCACGAUGCUGAUCCAUUUCAUCUCCCGGCACCGAUUAUAGUCACGACCUUUGCCGAGGCUUCAAACGGCUGCCAGCAGGCUUUUGGCUUCAGCUACGACCUUUGCACGUUCCUAUCAGCUCUCGGUCUCUUGGCUGGUGGUGACAUCUUGUCAGGAAAGAUGUCGAUCGGUGGCCCUGAUAGCCGCGUGCCCAACACGCUGGGUAAAGCUGGUGAGUUAACGGUCAGCGGUCUAGUGGGAUGGAACUUUUUUCUGAUACCUACGUCCUGCCCCCUUGUCUUCUUCACCCCAGGCGGCAUUCAGGUGAGUCGGCGGUCGGCGGACUGGCCCGUCAGGGAAGCCUCUGCUGAUGCUCUCGCGUUUACGGUGCCCUCCCAUAUAGCAACACGGAGUCUUCGAGAUAGAUGGCUCCAUGACGAGAGCCGAUACUUACUUUGGCAACAAUCACAACUUCCAAGUUGACAGGUGGAACAACAUCGUCAAGAUGGCCAACGAAAACGGCGGCAAAUUUGACAACACCAUGUGGAAGAAGGAGCGCAAGCAAACGUACGACUUUGCCAGAGCCAACAACCCCGAAUUCUACGCAGGUGUCAAGUACAUUGCGGUCUCCAUUGCUGAGAGAGCCUUCAUUCAACAGGCUUUGCCAUCCUUCGGUGAGAAUCAGUCCGACAAGGGGAUCGCCAACUACCGCAACGUUGCACCUUUCUUCCUCAACGAGACUUUCCCCACCGACUGGAUCAAGCGUGGCACUCCCUACUCUCUGCUCAACCUUGCCGGCGACGUCGUGGACUACGUCGCAGACACUUCCACCUUCACUCCUCCGGGACAAAAUCAAGGGGUAGGCAACUUCUCGCCUUUCAAGGUCGACUUGCCCACCGAAGUUCCCAGCGCUGCUUGCUUCCUUCUCACUACGAUUCAAGACGUCGGCACUGGACAACUGGAAGGGGAGAUCGUCCAUGCUGUAGCGGAACUCGUCGAACAGGUCAUCGCUCCCCUGUUCAAGACCAGCUUCAACUGCGACUUUUCGCAACUGGGCACUUCCGGAGCCGACUCUACCAACAUCAACUCGACCGUCGUCAAUCAUCCUGGCAAGUGA